CGGGUUUUAUUUAGACGUACUCCAAUGGCGAUAUCGCAAGCGUUGCGCCGGUCAGUCGUUUGUUAUGAAUAUCUGAACGUGAGUGAAAUUGAAUAUAUUUUGGCGGAGUGUUGAAGGCUUCGAAAGCCACCAAGAGCUCGCGUCGUCUAGAGACAUGGCUGUCGUGAUCGAGACGACGUUGGGCGACCUGACGAUCGACCUGUACACGACGGAGCGACCUCGGACGUGCCUCAACUUCCUCAAGCUGUGCAAGCUCAAGUACUACAACCUCAGCCUAUUCCACAAGGUUGAGCAAAACUUCGUCGCCCAGUCGGGCGACCCGAGCGGCACCGGACGUGGCGGCGAGUCCGUGUUCUCCAAGCUGUACGGUGACCAGGCGCGCUACUUCGAGAUGGAGAAGAAGCCUCGUCUGAAGCACCUCAAGCUCGGCACCCUGUCCAUGGUGGGCAGCGACGAGGGCCUCCACGGUUCGCAGUUCAUCAUAACGUUGGGAGAGAACUUGGACUCGCUCGACGGCCAGCACAGCGUUUUCGGUUGCGUCGCCGAGGGCUUCGAUGCGCUCGAGAGAAUCAACGCCGCCGUAUGCGACAGCGAGGGUCGGCCUUACCAGGACAUUCGCAUCUGCCACACCGUGGUCCUUCACGACCCUUUCGACGAUCCGGCGGGGCUGGAAUUCCCGGAUGCAUCGCCCGAGCCGACGCUCGAGAUGCUACGCAGCGACCGCAUCGGCGCUCACGAAAUCGUCGAUGACACUCAGGGACGCAGCAUGGAGGAGAUCGAGGAAGAGAUCAAGGCCAAGGAAGCCAGAGCGAGAGCUACGGUGCUCGAGAUGAUCGGCGAUUUGCCAGACGCGGACGCCGCGCCCCCGGAGAAUGUGCUCUUUGUUUGUAAGCUCAAUCCGGUGACUACGGACGAAGACCUGGAGAUCAUCUUCAGCCGUUUCGGACCUGUCAAGAGUUGCGAGGUCAUCCGGGACCGCAAGACGGGCGAUUCGCUUCAGUAUGCCUUCGUCGAGUUCGAGCAGCGCGAACACUGCGAGAACGCUUACUUCAAGAUGGACAACGUCCUGAUCGACGACCGGCGUAUCCACGUAGACUUCAGUCAGUCGGUGGCAAAGCUGCGAUGGAAAGGAAAAGGUCGCGGGGUCGAGCACAUCAAUGAUGACAAAGGCGAUAAGAUGUCCAAAGGUGCCCGUUACGAGCUGAAGGACACGGCACGACGUGGCGGUGCUGGGGGUCAGUAUGACCUAGUGUGGAGCGACGACGAGGGAGAAGGCGGGAAAGAUGCCAAGCAAAAGGAACGAAGCGAGCGAAGCCAGAAGGACAGAAAGACGGAAGGCCAUAAAGACAGGUACAGGGAUGACCGCAAGGACAGCCGCAGUGAUGGACGCAGGGACGACAGAUACACUGAUAGCCGCAGAGGUAGGCAUGAAGACAUUCGCAGAAGCAAUCACAGAGACCAGGACAGGAGGAGUCACCGGGACGAGUAUCGGGAAAGGAGUAGCGAGAGAGAUUGCAGAGACGAACGGAAAGAAAAGGACAGGAGCCACAAGCGUUCUCGCGAUCACCAGUCAUCAUCAUCCCGCCACGACUCGGACAGCAGGAGUCGAAGCAAACGCAUGCAUCAUGAUCGUUGAGUGGUCUUGCAUGCUGCAACAGUGUCCAUGUGUAAUAUACCCAUUGCCAUCGUGUUUAUCAAUCUUUUCAUAGUGAAUACGAUUGUGCAGACAUUAGCCGUCAUCUCCUGGAGCAUCGCGGUGUCAAUGAAGCCUUUUUUAUUGCACAUUUGAAUAAAUAUUGUUGAAAUUUA